AUGGAAGACGAGUGCGAUAUGCUCGAGUGCUGCCUGUGCGGUGCCCUCUGUGGCGCCUGCUGUGCCUCCGCCGCGGACUCGGGCGACGACCGCCGCCGCAACGGCCGCUACUCUGGCGACUACCACAACCAGCAGCCUGUAUACGUUCAGCCCGUGGUUGUGCAGCAACAGCCGGGUUACGGCCCGCCUCCUGGACACCCGGGUUACGCUCCGCCCCCGCAGGGUUACGCACCUCCCCCUGGAGAGUACCACCAGUACCCGCCGCAGCAAUACCCCCCGGGACAGUAUCCUCCUCAGCAGUACCCCCCACCCAAGUACUAA